AUGAAAAAGAUGUCGCUAGUGGACAAGCAUGCUCUGUAUUUAGAGCACUUAAACAAUCCUACCACCUCCUACUCCAACUUGGCUAUAUGGGCUGCUCAUGAGUUCAAUCUUGCGACCACGCCAUCCAUAUCUACCAUCGGAAAUACCCUCAAGCACCACGCGACGCAAUGUGAUCGAGCCGACAGCAAAGACCGAACAAACAAUCGCCGAUCCAGCCUACCCGAUGUCGAGGAGGCGCUCGUGGCGUGGGUCCUUCGAUGCGAAGAACUCGGGGUUUGUCUCACCGGUGAGCUCAUCCGUAAGCAGGCGCUCGCUUUUUGUGCGACCAUGGAAGUUCCUGCCGAUCAACGUCACUCGUUUUCAAAGGGUUGGCUGUACAAGUUUCAGCGAAAACAUGGGCUUACCAGCAAGCUGCAACACGGCGAAGCUGGAUCGACGCCACCAGAGACAGUGGAAGCAGGGCGUGCCGAAAUGCAGACCAUCACGACUGGAUACGAGCCCGCCGACAUCUACAACAUGGAUGAGACGCUGUUGAGCAGCAGUGAUGUCUAUUCUGAUCUAAGUCGUUUGGUCGGGGUCGACGUCCUUGUCAUCGUCGCCAAACAUCUUGCCCGCUGGCCACGUUCUCUCGUACUUCUCUGUUUCCACGGCGGCAUGCUGUUCGUCGUCCAUGAUGCUGUCCAACAUUGGAAUGUCCUCGACAUGGAGCGCCGGCGACGGCGUCGGCGCCAUCAACAAGGCCAUGUGCCGCGUCACCAGAUCAACAUCAAUGCUCCCGCCAAAGUCUUACAUGGCGGCCGAAGGCUCGCCCGUCCGUGCCGUAGCUUCCAUCUUCACCACAUCUUCCCCAAAUGCACUGAAAUCUUCGCUCCCACGGCGAUGAAGCGGCAUCUGCUGUGGCUCCAUGACACUGCCGUGGACUCGGCAGUGUCCGUUGUGUGA